UCGCAUCAAUCCAUCUCUGCAGAGCUCGGUUCUUGCCUGUGGUGUUUUGACGAGGAGGGUGCAGCACUCCCUCCCCGCGGUGCCCGCGGUUGUCCCCCUUCUCCCGCGAGCGGUGCUUACUGACGUGGUGUUUGCGAAUCUCUCUACUCCUCCAGCUUCGUGGGCCACGCUUUCCGCGACGGUGGUUGCCAGGUGCAGUUUGCCGCAUUGCAUUUCUGCCGCGGGAACAGAGUCCAUACACACCUCUCGCCACUACCACCGUCUGUGCAUCCUUACCGCCACGCUGAGCCAGCGCGGCGGUGAGUUGGACCUUGGGACACCACCCGCCUACUAUCUGUUGUGGCCUGGUUCGCCCGCGAGGGACUCGACGAUUUCGGCCCCGGCCGGGGCAGGCGGGAACUUGUCUGGGUGUUGGCCGUCGUAAACGAGUACGAGGGAGGCGAUUGAGUCAUGGCGUCUUGGUGUCGGGAUGCCGCCUUGGGUGACCCGUUUACCCACGACCCGUGGGAGGUGACCCAGUCGGACUGCUACAACUCAGAUGAUGGCGAUUACACAAGAUUGGACGAGAUAUCAAUCACCUGCAGCUGCGGCACCACUCCCGCUCCCACUGCCCCUUCUUGCGACGAUUCGUUCUCCCUCGACGUGGACUACUUUAGCGGUCGCGAUGGCUGCUACGAGCUCAACACUGCCUGGACCAUCAACGGGAAGAACGCCUACUUCUUGAACGGCAUUGAGGAGGAUGUGGACUCAUCUGUGGUGUAUGCCGCAGAUGACAUGGUGGAUGAUAAUCCUGGGGUGGGAUCGAUACCCGCUUCUGCACCCUCUGCCACGAGCAGGGCAAUGGAGGGGACUCAGCUUCCGGCCGCAAUGCAGUACCCUGAGGCUCUACAUACGUAGCACGGGACGCUCCAACCGCACCAACCGACGGCAGAAUAUUAGGACGUUGUGGGUUCAUCUCCUUGCAGCGGUCGACAUUCAGCACCCUCCACGGUCGCCCCGGUGGUCUAGUGGUAUCCUCAUAAUCCGCUAGUUGCAGAGGUCGUGAGUUCGAAUUCCCUUUGGGUGAAGAACUUACGAAAUUUGCGGGUAAAAGCGAAACAUGGCUAAAAAAGCUCUCGUGAGUACCAAACUUCGACGUUAGCACCGUUGACGAGGGAAAGGGACGGCUGGACCCUUCUCGCGAUAAAAAGGAAAAUUCAGCACGCAUAUGGAUGCCCUCUACCCUGCGUGAGCAGAGAGUCCGGGGUUGUGGUGGCUAUGUCCUGCCACCGGAGGUUGGCUAUUUCCUUUGGUGCAAUGUGGCGAGGAAUGCCAAGCGUGACCGAGCGAACUCAGUCAAGCUAGGGUGGUGCGGAGAGUAGGCGGGCCUUCGAGGACUUCUUUUCACAUUUUCCUUAAGAUCCAUCAACUCUUCGCAGCCGUUGGGGGUCAUAAGAGUUGGGGACCCUCGGAGAACAGUAAUCUAUUAUCAUUUGUUCCCUCAGAUCUACUCUUUAUGUACGUGUAUCUGUGCUCCCUGAAUCUCCAUAUCCUGACCCCCACAUAGCCCCCCUUUCNUUGGGGGUCAUAAGAGUUGGGGACCCUCGGAGAACAGUAAUCUAUUAUCAUUUGUUCCCUCAGAUCUACUCUUUAUGUACGUGUAUCUGUGCUCCCUGAAUCUCCAUAUCCUGACCCCCACAUAGCCCCCCUUUCUCUUCGCCGAAAGCUCAGCUUGUUGAAGUUGGGUUUUGGCGCACAUGCAUGUUUGCAUGUUUCUUUUNAGUGAUCUAUUAUCACAUAUCCCUUGGAUCUGACUCUUUAUGUACGUGUGUUUGUGCUUCCUGAAUCUCCAUAUCCUGACCUCCACAUAGCCCCCCUUUUUCUUCGCCGAAAGCUCAGCUUGUUGAAGUUGGGUUUUGGCGCACAUGCAUGUUUGCAUGUUUCUUUUAGUGGAGCAGAUAUGGAUGUAUCAUUGGAUCCAGAUAAUACAGCUCCUCGAAAACUAAAUCUCUCCCUCACUAUCCGAAGACAGCUGACAGUGCCGUGUGGAAUACACACGUGUUGAAAACAACACCGUACGGAUUUAAGCUUUCCAAGGCUCGUACAAGCUACCAUGUAUUGAUGUCAAUCAAUGAUAUGUCAAAGCUUAUUCUUGUUAAUCCAGAAUUUUUACUUUGUGCGGGUUCUGGUUCGCGUAACCAUACCGCUGGGUGUAAGCAAUCGUGUUGCUUAUUGAGUACGAUAGGCAUACGGUGUUCGACAGUCUUAAGACUGUUUCCGUGACUCAUGAUUAGUGUCAUUGAGUUGCGACCCUCAACNGUGGACUACACACGUGUUGGAAGCAACACCGUACGGAUUUAAUAUCUCCAAGGCUCGUACAAGCUACCAGGUAUUGAUGUCAAUCAAUGAUGUGUCAAAGCUUAUUCUUGUUAAGUAUCAAGAAUUUGUACUUUGUGCGGGUUCUGGUUCGCGUAACCAUACCGCUGGGUGUAAGCAAUCGUGUUGCUUAUUGAGUACGAUAGGCAUACGGUGUUCGACAGUCUUAAGACUGUUUCCGUGACUCAUGAUUAGUGUCAUCGAGUUGCGACCCUCAAUUCCACUUGAGACCGGUUAACUUGACAUUUCCUCGCCAGCAUUUGACCCAACCAAAUGCUGGAUAGCAACCUUAUUGUUUGAAUGCUCUUCCUUUCACCGUUUAGACACUUCAGACACGUAUCUUUUGUUUGCCUUCGGACUUCGUUUACUUUUCCGCUGAGUACUUUCCUUGUUCACGCAUUUUUCUGGAUUGGGACACAACGUGUUUGGCCUUGCUUUGUGCUUUGUGCGUUUGUUUGUACUCGGAUCCCUUCCUUCGUCGCGUUUGCGUUUCGCUUUUUUCUGCGGCAAUUCGGACAAUUUCCUGGCGGGCGCGAUGUCCAGAUCAUGUUUUGAUCUGUACGCGGAAAUCAUUACGUGGCAUUGCGGUACUUCGUCGGCACGAUACAUCAGAUCUGAUUCAGGACCGUAUUNCGCUGAGUACUUUCCUUGUUCACGCAUUUUUCUGGAUUGGGACACAACGUGUUUGGCCUUGCUUUGUGCUUUGUGCGUUUGUUUGUACUCGGAUCCCUUCCUUCGUCGCGUUUGCGUUUCGCUUUUUUCUGCGGCAAUUCGGACAAUUUCCUGGCGGGCGCGAUGUCCAGAUCAUGUUUUGAUCUGUACGCGGAAAUCAUUUCGUGGCAUUGCGGCACUUCGUCGGCACGAUACAUCAGAUCUGAUUCAGGACCGUAUCCUUUCAGUCUUAGACGAUAUCGAUAGUUGUGCGGACCUUUUCGGCCUUGACCGCUUCGAUGCCCUACCACUUUCAACACGACGUAUCUUUCAAUUUUCGGUUGAUUUUCGUCGUUUGCUGUCAGGGCAGGUGGUCCACCAUGGAAAGCACGUACUUGCAUCUCACUCCGACUUUGAAAUUGAGAGUGAUUUGUACUCGACUAGGUCGACUGAUACUCUUUCAAACGGCCGCUGUACAGGAACGUGACCCGUCGGCAGUUUCGGACGGCGGUGAGGUGUCGUUCUCUGUUGACAGGCCUGGCAUUCUAGGCACCAUUCCGGAUUUUUGGUUCAUUGACUGCCACCAAUAUUUUUGUCGUAUUUUUUCGUACGUUGGACGAAAUGCGAGGUGUCCACCUGAAAGAGCGUGAUCAUGGUAUGCGUGCAUCACUAAACCGGUGAGGUCAUGUGGGACUACAAGUUGAUCACUAAAAGUGCUUCGUUUUCGUAGGUGUCCUGGCAGAUACGAUUUAAGCAGUAAACCGUCUUGUAUGGAAUAGUACGACAUGGAUGUUGCCGUUUGGUUGUCUGGUAGCGGUGCUUUGGCGUCUAAAAUGUAUUGAACAUAUUCGCAGCAAGUUUCGGCGCAGUUCGUUCUUGUUCAUUAUCGAACACGAAAAGUUGCGAUAACGUAUCCGGCACUACAUGCAACUUUCCCGGUUUGUGUUUUACCGUGAAAUCGAAGGAUUACAGUGCUAUUGCCCAUCUAGUGAGCAUAUUCGACGUGUCUUGCAUCGUAUAACGAUAUCGCAAUGCCGCAUGAUCAGUUACGCACGUAAAAUGUCUAUCCCAUAAAUAAGGACGCCAGUGUUGAAUUUGCUAGAACGACAGCAUAGCAUUCUUUCAUGGUGGCAAAGUGGCGUUGUUGGCUUUUGUUGAAUCGCUGGCUAACGUAUGCUACGAUAUUCACGUCAUCGCCAUUCUGUUGUGCCAGGAAUGCUCCCGCUCCCACUUCAGAUGCGUCUACGUGGAUAACAAACUAUUUACAAAAGUCCGGAAAACGUAAAACAGGAGCGUUGGUGAGUAAUCGUUUCACUUCU